GUAUGUCUUCAUUAUCAACAGCAGGGCAAGGUACUGCUACUUAAGCAGAGGAAAAACAAGAAGAAACAGAGGAGUGGGGGAUAAAAGGAGGUUUGGAUAGAGAGAGAGAGAGAGAGAGAGAGAACCAGAGGCAAGGGGAAUAGAGACCGCGAGAGAGAAAAAGUGAAACAAGGUAUGAAAAAAAGGAGAGAAAAAACACAAAAUCAGAGGUGAAGUGGGGAAAAAGGGAGCAAGGACAGGAAAGAAGAGUGGUGACUUGUGGACAAAAGAGGCAGAGAAAUAAAGACGUGUGGCGAGAAAGCAAAAGGUGGGCGAAAAGAGAACAGUUCACUAUAGAAACAAGAGAAAGCGAGAAACUGAGAGCGUGACAGACUGACAGACAGCUGACCCGGAAACCACAGAGCAAAAUGAAUGCCUUCCUGCUGCUGGGCUGCUUUGUCCUAUCUGCGACAGAGUACUUCCUUGCCUCUGCCCACAUGCUCCCCGACGACAGACUGUCCACCAAUAGGGUCGUGGAAUAUCACACUCUGUCUGAAAGCCUUGAGAUAGGCCCACCUCCUGUUGUUAUUGUAGAGUUGCCGAAAUCAGCGAUGAAGAACAAGAAAACAAAGAAACAAAAAAAGAACAAAUUCAGUGUGAAGAAGCGCCCUCCUCCUCCUGCUGACUGCAUUCCCUUGAGGGGAAGCUGUAAAUCUCCAAGCAACGUGUGCUGUGAUUUCUGUGCUUUCUGCCAGUGUCGGCUCUUCAGAACUGUCUGUUUCUGUCGAAUGGGCAACCCUCGCUGCUAAAGACCAGCUGCAGCCCGGCCCAGCUCCAAGCUGAGGGAACAAAACUUCAUGCUUAAUCAAACCACUUUAAGUGAACACCUUGAGAGGUGAAUCACUUCUAGUCCUUGGUUUGUAAGUUUUCCUAAAAUUCUCUGCAUGAAAGCACUUUAUCACAGAGGACUGCCCGACUUUUCUAAAAUCUUACAGGGUGUACUACUUAUAGGACUGGUAAGACACUCAGAAAUAAAAGUUUUUAUUUUAGCUUUUUGCAUGCAUAAAUUGGAUAUGUUUGCUCAAACAAUUUUAUAUAUUGCUUUAUUUUUACACAGAAAUACAUGAAUGCGCAGUAUCAAAUAUUUUAUGAAGCCUUUUAAGAAUAAAGUCCCUGUACUAUGUUUUAUAUAACUUUUGUUUUAUUUAAUGUCUUUAACAAAGUCAUGUGAAUUCACAUAUUUAAUGGAUAAGGUGUCAAAAAGAUCCCAGGAAAAGACCAAAACCAACCAUAUGUUAGUCCGUCUUGCAAUACUUUAUGACUUUCUCAACGUGUCUGUGGGACUCCAGUCUAAGCUCAUUGGUUCCUAACGGAGUUAUACAUCUUCAGGAAAAUAGCUCAAAAUAUGUAGGAGGAAAUCAUGUAUUAGUUUGGGACUAUUUUCAAGAUAUAUCAGGCUUUGGACACACAGGUAAUUCUAUCUUGGCUGAAAAAAAAGAUCUGACUUUUGUCUGAAGUUUUUUACCUUCCUUUUAACUGUUCCAUCAUUUAUUUUCUUCUUUAAUAAGUGCUUUAACAUCUCAUCAUCUGUGUUAUGUUACUGAGUAAAACAAAUUCAGCCCAGGAGUCACAACUCCUUUAGUUUGAAAUCACUGCCUGACUGUUGGGCAGAUAACAAAAAUAUUUCCUGGGACCUUCAGGCUGUGAUUUCCUGUAAGUAAUUGCUACAUUAUGAUAAACACAUGCAUUGUCACAUUCCCUUUGGCGAUCAAUAAUGAAGAAUAAGGAAAUGUUAGUGAAAACUGUGGUCCUUUAAUGAUUGCUUAUGUGUGAGUGUCUGUUGGAUUGGCAGGAAAAUCUGGCCUGGAAGAGUAGGAAUAAAUUUAAAAAAAGGCUCUCCUCUGAUAACCACCAAGUAAGCAACCUUAACCAGCUGCACAAUGUCUAAAGGCUCAUUUACGUUAGAUACGUACGUAUACAAAGUCUUCUGUCCAUACUCUGCGUAUAUUUUGUCCUUAUUUGUGCAUGUUUCUGAAAGCUUAUGAAUACAGACAAAACAGAGCAGUACCACUGGAAAUCGUAGGGGCAUUGUAGCCAAUAAUUUAAGCAGGACACGACCAUGGGGCACAACAAAGACAUUUU